AUGCGGGCCCAGCAGGAGGACCGCGAGCUGGUCCGGAGCUUGCUGGACCGGGAGGCUCGGACGGGGACGGCCUCCCCCAGCGCCCCGCCCCCUCACAUGCCACUCCCCAAGAUGGGACCCACUGACGACCCGGAGGCUUUCCUUGACUUGUUCGAGCGGACUGCGGAGGCGUGUGGGUGGCCGGUGGACAGCUGGCCCGUACGGGUGAUCCCUCUGCUGUCGGGGGAGGCCCAGAAGGCGGCCCAACAACUACCCGUCCCGAACCUCCUGGUCUACGCCGACCUCAGACGAGCCAUCCUCCAGAGGGUGGGCCUCAGCCCAGAACAACAUCGCCAGCGCUUCCGGUCACUGGAGCUGGCCGAGGCGGGCCGACCCUUUGUGUUGGCGCAGCAGCUCCGGGACUCGUGCCGCAAAUGGCUGUUGGCCGGGGACGGCGACGCCGAAUCCAUCAUCAACGCGGUGGUACUGGAGCAGUUCAUCUCCCGCCUUCCAAAGAAGUCCGCCCAGUGGGUCCAGUGCCACCGCCCGGCGUCGCUGGAUCUGGCCAUCCAACUGGCGGAGGAUCAGCUGGCGGCGUGCUCCGGGGUCGGCGAGCCCCUCCCUGCUGUCUCUCUCUCUCUCUCUGUUUCCCCCUCCCCCCCACUCCGAAAUCUCUCCCUCUCCCUAGGUCCCGUUGGGUGGGGCCACCGAGGGCUGCGCCCCGCUGGAGGGUGGCGAUGGAGCCUGCGGCCGGGGCCCGAGGUCCCGCACGAGGGAUGGCCGCUCCCCAGCGACGGGGGAGUGAAGACACUCCGGCUGCUUCCCCACGUCAAUCCCCUGAGCCACUUCCUGCCACUAGGGCAGUGGGGAGACCCGGGCCAGCCUGCUGGCGUUGCGGGGAUCCGGGCCACUUUGUGGACAGGUGCCCGAUGAUGGAGGUGGGGACACUGGUCCGGAUCCCGGACGACCCGCAGGCUGCCCCCGAUCAAGCCGGGCUGUACCAAAUACCCUGAUUGGCGUGGGGAACCCGCAUUUAAGGAGCGCGACAGCCGGCAAAAGGAGAGAGAGACGGGGACUCGUGAGCGCAGGAAGCUGGAGAGCGAUCGAGCAAACCAGACGCAGUAUCCGUGGCCGAAGUGCUGUUAGAGAGUGCGCGCACCUGCCGCGCUUGUUUGUUUGUUUAUUUGUUUUGUUUUGGUUUUGGAAUAAAGCCUCUCACGAGCCCCGUACGCCGACUCUGGUCUCCUUCCUCUACUCUGAUUGAACCUUCAUUACAGUUGGUUAGUAGCAUAGUAUUGCAUCAGUUAGGAUAGCUUCAAGUUAGCAUAGAUUUAUUUACAGUGAUCAGGAUGGUAAGUAGGUGUAGUGUUGCUGGUUGCAACAGCUCUGCUGGACUGCAUAGUUUUCCAGCAGACUUGAAAUUUAGGCGCCAGUGGUUGCAUGCACUUGGCCUGGAAGACUGUGAGUUCCUGCCUAGAGCUGGAGUGUGCAAACUGCAUUUUACGCGAGAUUGCUUCUCCAAUGCAAUGGAGGUGGAAAUGGACUUCUCCACACAGCUCACACUGAAA